UGAACGAAGUUUUGGUUCUGAUCAAAACCGAAUAAGCUAGGGGCACCUGGGAGCCUCAGUCGGUUAAGUGUCCAACUCUUGGUUUCAGCUCAGGUCAUGAUCUUGGGGUCAUGAGACUGAGCCCCGCGACUGGCUCCAUGCUCCCUGCUCAGUGCAGAGUCUGCUUGUCCUUCUCCUUCCCCCUCUGCCUGUCCCCCAACUCAUGCACGUUCUGUCUCUUUCAGAUAAAUAUUUCUCUUUUUUAAAAUGUAAUAAGCUAUACCUACCAACUAACAUUAUAGUUAAUGGUGAGAGACUAAUGCUUCCCCCUAAAAUCAUUAGCAAAACAAGGGUGUCUGCUCUCACCACUCUGUUGAGCAUCGUGCCCCCAGUUUUAGCCAGCUGAGUAUGGCAGGAAACAGAAAUGAAAGGCAGACAGAUUUGGAAGGAAGAAAUAAACCUAUCUUCUAUUUGCAGAUGACAUGAGUGCCUGCAUUAAGUCUACAAGAAACUCCUGGAACCACUAAGCAUGUUCACCUGUUUAGGAAUGCAAGGUCAGCAUACAAAAGUCAAUACUGUUCUGCAGACCACCAAUGAGCAAUCAGAAACUGAAUUCAAAACCCAAUACCAUUUACAAGAACUCUGAAAAGUUAGAUACUUGCUCUGGGUCUAACAAAAUAUGCACAGGAUUCUGUAUACUGAAAACUACAAAAUGCCAAUGAGAGAAAUCAAAGACAUCGUGUUCACACACAGGGACACUCAACAUUACAAAGAUGUUGAUGUCUCCCAGACAGCUCUGUAGGUUUAAUGCUGUUCCUGUCAAAGUCCCAGUGGGAGCGUUUAUAGAUAUAAACAAGUUGAUUUUAAGAUUGUUCAUGAAAACACAAAGGAACUAGGUAAUCUAAGACAGUUUUGAAAAAGAAUAAAGUUGGAAUAAUUUUAGGACGCGGUAACAGUAUAGUAAUCAAGGUGUGGCGGUGGUGAGUAGAUAGGCACAUACAUAAAUGAAACACACCAGGGGCCAGGGUACACCCACAUGGGUGUGGACAAUGGUAAUAAAGCGAUUUAAUACAGAAAGGCUAGUCUUUUCAAGAUAUGGCAUUGAAACUUUUGGAUAUCUAUAGACAAACAAUAAAACCCAAAACAAAACAAAAAACCCUUGACUUAAACAUCAUAGCUUAUUCAAUAGUUAACUCAAAUUGGAUCAAAUAUCUGAAUGUAAAACAUAAAACUACUCUUUAGGAGAAAAUAUAGGAGAAAGAGGCACAUCCACUAAAGAUAAAAUUGAGCAAUUGACCUUUGUCACAAUAAAAACCAUUUGCUCUGUGAACGACCCUGUCAGGAUGUGAGAAGACACAUCAGGAGCUCAGAGGAAAUCUUUGUAAAUCACAUUCCAACAGAGGGUGUGAAUCCACACUAUACGGAGAGUGCUUCAGACUCCACGGCAAGAAAGCAAGCGCUCUGGAUGGAAAAUGGACAGAAGACCUACACGGCACAUUUCCAAAUAGGGUGCGUGGAUGGGAAAUGAGCACGUGAAGCUAUAAGAGAAAGCAGAUUAAACCACAACGAGGUACCGCUGCCGCCCGUGAAAGUGGCUCCAGUGAGAACGCCCCCCGCCCCAGGUUUGGGCAAGAACGCAGGGCGGCUGGACUGCCUGCUGGCUGCCGGGGGAAGCGGUGCGGCCACUCUAGCCAACAGCAUGUCCGUUUCUUACCAGCAUCAGCAGGCACUUGACGUGCAAUCCAGCAGUCCCGCUUCUGGACAGUCCCACAAACACGUGCACACUGUUGUGCUGGCCGCUCUAUUUGUGAUCGACAAAACCCGGAAGCAACGCAGACGUCCUUCGUGAGGGGCCGGGCUGUGCAAACGGGUGGCUGCGCAGCAGGAAGCAAGCCCACGCUGCUGUGCCCAACUCCGUGACCUCGAGAGCGUCCACGUGCUGAGCGGAAAAAAGCCCAUUGCCAAAGAUUGCACGUGCUUGAUUUGAUUCAUACGAAGCUCUUGGAAGGACAAAAUGGUAGUGGUGGCCUGGGGCUGGGGAGAGCAUCAGGAGUCUCUGGUGCUCCUGCUUUGUAAGUGGCUAGAGAAACCUAAGGUGGGAUAAGGCUUCACAGACCUGCACACACACAGGGGCAGAUCGUUCACAGCAUCUUACCAAUGGCAGUGACGUGUAGCAGCAUGCUGCAGGUACGUCAGAUGGAAGUGAGUGAGGGACACAGAAACUCUGUGUUAUCUUUGCGACCAGUCAUGGAUCUAAAGUUAUUUCAAAAUUGCACACACACCUAUAUACAUUAGAUUGACAAUUAUUCAGUUUGCAAAUAUAAAAGAAAAUUGUGCAAACAGACCAAUUAAAAGUGAGAGAUUACCGGGGCGCCUGGGUGGCUCAGUCGGUUAAGCGACUGCCUUCGGCUCAGGUCAUGAUCCUGGAGUCCCGGGAUCGAGUCCCGCAUCGGGCUCCCUGCUCGGCGGAGAGUCUGCUUCUCCCUCUGACCCUCCUCCCUCUCAUGCUCUCUGUCUCCCAUUCUCUCUCUCAGAUAAAUAAAUAAAAAAUCUUAAAAAAAAAAAAAGUGAGAGAUUAUCAGAAUAUAUUAAAAAAGAUCAGUCAAUGUGCCCAACAAGACAGCCACAUGAAGUACACCGUUGGUAGGUUAAAAGUUAAAGGACAGAAGAUGUGUCACAUGAACACUAAUCAGAAGACAGCUGGAGAGGCUACAUUAGUACCAGAUGAAGUGGGCUCAGGACAAGGAAAACCACCAGGGGUGAGGAGGAACAUCACGUCAAUAUAAAAUGACCAGUUCACCAAGAAGACCUUUCAGUCCCAAAUGUGUGUGUAUUGAAUAACAGGGCCUCCCGUACUCGAAACAGAAACUGACAGAACGGAAAGGCGGAGAGGACGAAGCCAGAGUUACAGUUGGAGAUUCCAAGUCCAUCCUGUCAGUAACGGCAGGACAGGCAGAGAACCAGGGACUGGCAUAGCCCACCAACUAGAUCUCAGCCACCGGACGGGAUACCUCACCCAACAACGGGAGGACGCACAUAUCCGUGUGCACACAGGACGUUUGUAAGGUGGGCCAUAUUCUGUGUAAAAAAAUGAAAGACUAACAAAUUUAAAACAACUGAAAUGUAUUUUCUGAGCAGAGUGGAAAUAAACUAGAAAUCAGUAACCAAAGGUAACUAGAAUUUUUCCAAAUACUUAAAAAUCAAGACACACACCUCUAAAUAAUGUGCUGGUAAAAGAGGAAGUAUCAAAGGCAAUUGCAGAAUAUCUUGAACUGAGAGCAAUAUUUGUAUAUAACAGAACUUGUUGGAUACAAGUAAAUCAGCACCUCUAGAGAAAUCUGUAGCCUGAAAUGCCAACAUGAGAAAAGAGCUCAAGACAAUAAUCUAAGGUCCCACUUUCAGAAACUAGAAGAAAAGAACAAGAACAAGCAAGCGGAAAGGAAGAAACAAUCCAAAGAGACCAGAAACUAAUGGAAUUGGCAUCCCCACAGCCCUGCACAGGCCGGCCCCCAGCAGACCCUCAGUGGCCACAUGAAUGAGUGAAGAGGUGAGGGCCUAGGAGGAAUGGAAAGCCAAUCUUGGAUGUUUCAUGAGUGUCCAAGUUUAGAAAUCACUAAAUUCUGAUUUCAGAAUGUCCUGUGAGGCCAUGGAGACGGACCUGGGCUCAGUGCUCAGUAUACCUGUUCACCCGAUCUUUGAAUGCUGCUGAAUUUGCUCUGCUCUCUUGUAGGCCCAGGAUGGUGCUGGGAACUGCGGGUUCAGUAUUGAAUGAAGGUGACGCCAUCUGGGCCCCAUCUGUCCUUCCUCACGGCACCCUCGGCACCUUAAGCCACUACUCCCAGCCGCAUUUUGGGAGAAAGAUGGAGUCGAAGGUCUCAGAAGGUGGCCUGAACGUGACCCUGACAAUCCGUCUGCUGAUGCAUGGAAAGGAAGUUGGAAGCAUCAUCGGGAAGAAAGGAGAAACUGUGAAAAAGAUGCGUGAAGAGAGCGGUGCCAGGAUCAACAUCUCUGAGGGAAACUGCCCGGAAAGAAUCGUGACCAUCACGGGCCCCACGGACGCCAUCUUCAAGGCCUUUGCCAUGAUCGCCUACAAGUUCGAGGAGGACAUCAUUAACUCUAUGAGCAACAGUCCUGCCACCAGCAAGCCCCCCGUGACGCUGAGGCUGGUGGUCCCCGCCAGCCAGUGUGGGUCCCUGAUCGGCAAAGGCGGCUCGAAGAUCAAGGAGAUCAGGGAGUCCACAGGUGCCCAGGUCCAGGUGGCCGGGGACAUGCUGCCCAACUCCACAGAGCGGGCAGUGACCAUCUCGGGGACCCCUGACGCCAUCAUCCAGUGCGUCAAGCAGAUCUGUGUGGUCAUGCUGGAGUCCCCACCGAAAGGUGCCACCAUCCCCUACCGCCCAAAGCCCGCCUCCACCCCUGUCAUUUUUGCAGGUGGUCAGGCCUACACGAUCCAGGGACAGUACGCCAUCCCCCACCCAGAUUUGACCAAGCUCCACCAGCUGGCCAUGCAGCAAACCCCCUUUCCUCCCCUCGGACAGACCAACCCCGCUUUCCCCGGAGAAAAGCUGCCUUUACACUCCUCCGAAGAAGCUCAAAAUCUGAUGGGCCAGUCGUCAGGUCUGGACGCCAGCCCCCCGGCCAGCACUCACGAGCUCACCAUUCCCAAUGAUCUAAUAGGCUGCAUAAUUGGACGCCAAGGGACCAAAAUCAAUGAAAUUCGACAGAUGUCUGGAGCUCAGAUCAAAAUUGCCAAUGCCACAGAAGGGUCAUCCGAGCGCCAGAUCACCAUCACAGGGACCCCAGCCAACAUCAGCCUUGCCCAGUACCUCAUCAAUGCCAGGCUGACAUCUGAGGUCACUGGGAUGGGUGCGCUCUAAUCCUGCCCGAUGGCCUCCGACCCAUGAACCCUGACCUCCACCCGGCUCGCACACUCUGUACAGACCGCCCGCCCGCCGUUCGUCGCAAAUAUAAAUAGAGGUUUUCUUUACUAACAAGUCGUCUAUGCCAUAGACAUACACACGCUAACGAAGCAGAUCUAUAUUAUAUCUGUGUGUCAGCUCCAGGCUCUGUCCCUGAUACUUCUGUCGGAAUUAAUUUAUGCUCACGUGUUCAUGCACUGGCAUGCGGUGUUAAUUAUUUUAAAUGCUUUGGGGGCACUCCCAUCUGUGACAUUUUAGAAAUACUGUCCGUUAGUGUCCAUGUACCUGUUUAAGAAUUGUUUUGACGUUUUGACAGCACUUCCCACAAGCCGUCUCUCCUAGACCGCCUAGAACUGUGGUUGCUUUGAGCCGGUUUGCUCCCACCCAGCACCCCCUGCUGAUUCGGCCCCCCCACCCCCCCCGGAGCUUGUGCUUGCUCGGCCCACGUGUCCACACAGGUCUGCACUGGGGGCAGGGGAGGGGGAACGGAGCACCAGGUCCUGGGUCACAGUGCAGGCGAGGUGGGGGUGCUGGAGUCCUGACUUCACUGAAUGGUCACAUGCUGGGGACGCACACGUGGGCCCCCAGGCGUCUUCGGGGGGCUGGCCAGGAAGCGCCUCUGCACCGCGUUGUAGUUCAAUAAAUACCAUGCGCUGCCCCUCACCGGCUCUGGCUCCUGUCUGCA